CAGCGACACAGAUCCCACACCCCUGUGGAUCAGAUGUCGUGAACCGUUUCUGGGCUGAGCUGGUUUUUCAGUGCAUCAGGAAGCGUGGAGCACCAAGCGUCCGUCAUGUCCGACUGGGUGCUCCUCGGGCUGAUCGCGGCGCUGGUCAUGCUGCUGCUGCUGACCAUCUUCGGUUUCGUUGUCUACUCGGGGCUCUUCACGGAGGUGGUUGUGAGUGCUGGCUCCCCGCCUGUCGGCAGCAUCACGCUGGCCUACAAGUUCAGGGUGGGCCCAUAUGGUGAAUCUGGGCAGCUCUUCACGGACGGCUGCAGCAUCUCUUCGAAGCUCUGCUCCAUCGGCGUCUACUACGACAACCCUCACACGGUGGCUCCAGAGAAGUGCCGCUUUGCCAUAGGCCGAAUCCUGAGUGAGGGAGACGCAAAGCCGUCGGAAGAGCAGAUCAAGCGGUUUCAGAAGUAUGGUUUCAAAAUCUUCUCCUUCCCUGCUCCCAGCCAUGUGGUCAUGGCGACCUUCCCGUUCACCACGCCGUUGUCCAUCCAUCUAGCAGUUAACCGUGUCCACCCAGCCCUUGACACCUACAUCAAGGUAAGCAAGUGUAGCAUGAAGACCGUCGCAUGUGUUCGGUGGACUGGGAAAAAGUUUCGUUUCCACGCAGGCUACCCGCCUUGUCUGAAGGUUCCUCGGCAGGGAGUGGCCGUGCCUGGUGCUGGGCUCGUCCGCCUCGGGCAGCAGGAGCAG